AUGGUGACGGAUGAAGGACGGCUUGCUGCUCAUCACAACCCUCUCUUCUCAUCGAACGAUGUGAUGAUCGAACUGCUGCUCGGCUUUCCUCUCGCACGGCCGCGAUGGCCUGCUACGGAGGCUGAAAAUUUGGCGAUGAAGGGGUUGGGGUUUGGCGAUGAGAGUUCCAUCCCAUUGCUCACCACCAGCCAGAAGAAGAUCAUUAACCCAGAAGAGAUUGCCAUCUAUCCCCACCUUCAGUUCUGGAGUAGCUCUGUUCAGACCUGGAACCCAAUUUGGCUCAUUAAGUCUGGUCCUCUUGCCAUUCCUGAUAGUAACUCUAACAUGCUUCUACAGAUCAGGGAGAUAAGAAGCCCAGGAAGACCAAAGCCAAGAAGCACCCCCUAUUCUACGAAUGACGCCAGGAAAUCAUAA